UUUCUUGGGCUGAUGUCCAAGGUCACGGCUGCAGCCAGGCUCCUAAGAGGCUGAAAACAGCGGCGCCCCAGAGCCUGUCACCGCAGCUUGUUGACUGUCUCUUGUUUUGUUGGCGCAGUGACCGGAGUUCCACUUGGGGAUGUGCACACGAUGACGGACAGCAAGGACUUAGAAGCCGAAAUCCACCCCCUGAAGAAUGAAGACAGGAAACUGCAGGAGGAUCUGGAGAACCGAGCGAAGAAGGCAGACGUCCUGACCAGCAGGCCGCCGUGGUCCCGCCUCUCCCGCUGCCGGGCAGUGGCGUUCUUCCUCUCGCUGUUUCUCUGCCUCCUGGUAGUGUUUGUGGUUUCCUUCAUCAUCCCGUGUCCCGACCGGCCAGCGCCCCAGGGCACGUGGAGCGUCCAUUACAACACGGCAGUCACGUACGACUUUCUGGCUACAGAAGACGUAAACAGGGACAGGAUCCAAGAUGUUCUCUUUCUUUAUAAAAAUACCAACAGCAGCAACGAUUUCAACCGAUCCUGUGCUGACGAAGGCUUUUCCUCUCCCUGCACCGUUGUGGCUGCUGUGUCAGGGGCCAACGGCAGUGUGCUCUGGGAGAGGCCCGCAGCCCAGGAUGGGGCUCUUGUGGAGUGCGCCAUCCCCCAGCCAAGGGACAGCGGGGCAUCUUCUGCCUGCAUCUUCGUGGGCAGACCCGGUUCUCUCGUCGCAGUUGACUCAUUCACAGGCGAAACGCUGUGGAGCCAUCCCAGCAGCUUGGGAGGGAAUGCUUCCAUCCUGAGCCCUCUGCUCCGGGUGCCUGACGUCGAUGCUGACGGUGUCCCAGACUUGCUGGUCCUCACCCAGGAGAGAGGGGAGGUUAAUGGCUACAUCUAUUCAGGCAGCACUGGGCACCAGAUCGGCCACCGAGGCAGCCUCGGUGUGGACGGGACCAGCGGCUCCCUGCUCCACGUCACCAGGGCAGGUGCCCACUACGUCCUUCUCCCCUGCGCAAGUUCCCUCUGUGGCUGCUCUGUGAAGGGCCUCUACGAGAAGGUGACCGGGAGAGACAGCCCACUUAAGACAGACCCCCUCUGGGAGGACAGGCUCAAUGCCACCGCCCACAGGCUGCUUUUGCACAGCUCGGGAGCCCUCCGCUACCUGAUGAAGGUCCCGGGGAAGGCGGGCGAGGACCUCCUCCUGGUGAGUUCAGAGGCCUGUGAGCUGCUGGACGGGCAGGACCUGGCCCCCAGGUGGACGCUCAGUGCAGCCCAGGUCCUGAGAAAACCCACCCUUGGCCACUACAAGCCUGACACCUUGGCCGUGGUCAUUGAAAAUGGAACCGGCAUUGACAGACAGAUCCUGCUCCUGGACCUCAGCACCGGGGCCAUCCUGUGGAGCCAAGCCCUCCCAGGCCUCCCUGGGGACCCACAGUCCGCCAGCCUGCCCACUGCAGACCACCGCUCGGCCUUCUUCUUCUGGGGCCUCCACGAGCUGACUGGCACCAACCAGAUGAUGCCCAGGGAUGCCCGGCACAGCCUGUACAUGUUCCACCCCACCCUGCCCAGCAUCCUGCUGGAGCUGGCCAAUGUCUCUGCCAACAUCGUCACCUUCCACGUGGCCCUGUUUGAGCCCAGCCGCCAUGCUGCCUGCCUCCUGCUGAUGGGCCCGGCCAGCCCGGACGCCCCCGGCCUGGUGUCUGUGGCCAAGCACAAGGUGCGGGACCUCAUCCCAAGCAGCAGGGUGGUCCGCUUGGCUGAGGGCGGGCCCGACAGUGACCAGGCCGUCAGGGACCGGUUCUCCCGCCUGCGGUACCGGAGCGAGGCCUAGCCCGCAGAGCACGCAGGAGAGCCUCCAGCUGCUGGAGCUAAACGCCCCAGGACGUCGGCCC